AUCUCGGUAUCGCUUGUCUGUAUCAUAGACAUAGUUUGUUCGUCAGAGAAGCAACAACGUUUUAACGAGCACAGCCAAAAUGAAAUACCUAAUUGUAGCCUCAUUCUGCGUGGCAGUGGCUUUCGGGCAGAACACGAUUCAACCAAAACCAAACGUCCGAACUUUGCCUGCUGAAGUCCGCAAAGAGGCUCCAGGACAAUGCUACGGAUUCACCGCCAAAAAGGCUUUCCCUGUGGGCCAGUCUUGGUCCCUGGCUCCCUUCUGUGGCAGAGCUACCUGCCUUCAACAAGGAAGCCAGCUGUUCGAAAAGGUAGAAGACUGUGGCUUUGAGCCCAAGCCAUCUCCUGGCUGCAGAGUCGUGAACGAAGCCGACCAAGCUAAGCCAUACCCAACCUGCUGCCCCGUGUACCAGUGCCAGCCAGGUGCCACCCUUCAGUACCCAACUGAGCAAGAGCUGAGGGCUGCUGCAGAGCAGGCUGCCAAAGCUGCACAAGGUGCCCAGGGAUAAUUGGUCACCCAGAGAAUUUCUUGUCUACAACUGAGAUGAGAAUCUUAGUAGAAUGAAUGACAGGACAUAUUUAUUAAAUGUAUUUUCUCAUCCUUUUGUCAAGGACCAUAUUUUCCGAUCAAGUUUUUGAAUGUUUUUAAAUCAAGAAGGAAAAUGGAAAGGAAAAAUAAUCUUACCUGAAGAGGAUCAAUAUGGAUCUCAAUAUGUAUUAUAUUUUUAUACUCAUUUUGAAAAUAUAGAAAAUCAUAACUA